UAUUAAAGAUCACACGGCUUCCCUCGAGCAUUGUAGAAGUAAACACAUUUGCGUACACUCGGUCGAGACAAACUGCUAACGCCGGACAGUACACUGACCAGGACCCACAGCCUCGUGACGAUGACGGAACACAACUGUCUACGUAUAGCUGUGAUUAUCGUGACGGUUGUUGUGUACAUGCUCGUCAUUGCUUUCAACGCCUUGUCCGGAGCCGGAGGGAAAGCACUAGGGAUAUUCAACAGUACCGUGGGUGAAGUUUCCGACUCUUUCUACCUUGAGGUGACCCCAGCGGGCUGGACGUUCAGUAUCUGGGGCUUUAUCUACACGUGGCAGGUUCUUUGGCUCAUCUACGCCCUCACAACAAUAUGUCGUAAAACUAAAUCUGGGACCUACAUCUAUCAACUUCCGGUUCUUCCACCAGUAAUAUAUAUUGCGUAUAUUUGCAAUAACAUUUCCCUAGUCACAUGGCUGUUUGUCUGGGACCGGAAGGAGCUCAUUUGGGCUUUAGUUACAAUUGCAAUACUUCCGAUCACUCUGGUAGUAGCUCUCUUCUUCUCGUUCCGGAGACUGUACCAUAACAUAGGGAAACUCAAAGAAGAAGAAGCGGUCAGAGAAAUCUGGCUCAUCCGCUUCUUGGUCCAGAAUGGCAUGGCUUUCUUUUGUGCCUGGGUAACCAUAGCAACAUUGCUCAAUGCUGCCAUGGUGAUGACCUACAAAGGUAACCUUACUAAUGAAGAUGCUUGCACAACUGCCUUGGGUAUUUUGUCCUGCAUCAUAGUCACAUGGUUUCUCCUCGACAACACCGUACUGGACAGAUACGUUCGGUACAUAUUCAGUCCCUACAUAACAUUUACUGUCGGACUCAGUGGUGCGGUGGCGAAGAACUAUGACAUUGAACUUCAUUACAGGAAUUCCAUCUUUUUAUUGUCACUUCUUGUGAUGGCAGCGGUCAUGAUGGUAGCCAAGUUCAUUAUCAUGUUUGUUCGCCAUUUCCGAAAUCCAAUUCCAUCUAAAAUGAAAUACACCUUUAAUGAUGGAUAUUAACUAAUUGCCAUAGUUAUAUUCACGCAAAAUCCUUAAUGUACCAAACUGAUUGAGGUUAGGGAGACAUUUUUGUGUUUGCCCAGUUUCCUCUCUGAAUUUCCAUUGUUUUGACCCCUAGCACCAUUGAUGAGUCACAGAUGGACGAAACCGCCGUCGUUUCAUGUUUUCGUAAACCAUAUGACAAAAUGUCUUAACAGAAAAUGGCGAAAAAAUGAUUUGCUAGAUAUUGUGUCAUUAGCAUUUAGACAUAAUAAACUAUAGAAAAGGAGUUUGUUUCGUGCCCUUUAUAUAGACUAUAUCGGAUUUCUGAUAUCGUCACAAUUGCCAUGAUGCCGAUACGGAGAUAAUCAGCCAGUGAUCAUGCCGGGGUAAGGUCCAUUCACUUGGUAUUGUUUUAAGUGUUACGAACAUUGUAUAUAAUGAAUUAAACACAAUAUAAAUUAUAUCGAUAUUAUAUUUAAGUGUACUAUAACAAUAUAAACCGUAUACAUAGUGUAUAUAUCAUAUAGCGUAAGUAUAUUUUAUUUUUCAUAGUCCCUUGAAUAUCAACUACUAAGUAUACGUCAUUUCAGUUAUGAAUCCCAUGUUCAUAUUUAUUUUCCGCCUGAAUAGGUUUUACAUACUAUGGUACAAACAAUAUAUCAAUCAACCAAUUUGUUUACUAUAGUGUCAUAUAUCACAUACAGUGUACAAGUAUAUAGUUACAAAGUAUAAAUCAUAGUUUAACAUUGGGGAUCAGUCAUCUUAACAAUAAUAAAAAACAAAAUAUUCAUAUCCUAGAAAGAUCUGUUACAAUAAGUUUUUUUUUUUUGAUAAAUAAAACCAAUCACUAAUUCCAAUCCAGAGAGACAGCCCCUACCUACCAAACUCUCUAAAAUCGUACUUACAUAUCCAUAAAUGAUUAAAAGACUUCUGUUACAAUUACUGAAUUAAAACGUAGUAUUGAAUGAAACUGAUAAAUACACACAAUAGAAAUAUCUUAUACAUGUACUUAGAAAUACAUGUAUAGGUUUCUUGCUCUACAUAGUUGUGAAAUUUAGUUUCUGAAAUGGUUGAGGAAAGUCCUACCUGCGUGGUCUGCUAAUUUCACUCAGUCCAGUAGCUAGAUACAAUUAACCUUGAUAUUUACUGUCAAUAAAAGCUUAUUUCCCUCCAAAUUAAUAAAAAUUACAAUUUGAUAUUCAGCCAAACAUGGCUUACAAGACACUGGUUAAAAUGGUUAAAAUUAUCAUUAACAUAGUCUGCUACGUCUUCUGUACCUAUAUAAAUGAUUUGGAAUUUGUUAUUCCUCGGAAGACAUUAAAAACUUGAAUUUGUCAGUGUAUUCAAACCUGCUAAAAUCGUUUCUGAUGUUAUUUGAUACAUUAAAGAAGGAUGAUCUGAUGUCAUUAUAUACAUUACAUCUAAUUAAAAAGUGUAGUUCAUCCUCUAUACAAUUAUUUACAUUUGUACAUAUCUUACAAUCCUCUAAUGGAAUCACAGGUUUGGUGUAUCUGUUUCCACUGCUAGAGGUAGAGAGUCAUGUCUAAAAGUAAAAAGCACUCUUCGUUUCCUCCUUUGCCUGACGAGUUUUACAUAUAAUUCUGGUACGUUCUCAAUUGUUCACACCGUUUAUAUGUACCAAUCAUCAGUAUCUGCAAUAACCAUUUUUCUUUCACUCGUCUAAUCGUGUGUUUGACAGUACAAUCUCAUGCAAUUUUUGUAUAUAAGGAAUCAUAACAUUAACAUUAUAUACCGUUUAUUCACCAUCGUUACAAAGAGGAAUUAUAGGUAAAUAAUAAUACGUUAUAACAGAAGAAAUGCUUGAUGAUCACAUGUUUCUCGUAUGUUAAUACUACUUGUUAGUAAAUGUACGUGCAAUAAGCUGUUGUGAAAAUUAAAAUUUGAUUAUAUCUCAGUGUUUUUGUAACGCCAAUGUAUUGGAAUGUAUUACAUUACUUAUUUAGAGAAAUGUAUCACAUUCUUGAUUUAGAGAAAUGUAUUACAUUGUUGAAUUAGAGAAAUGUAUUACAUUGCUGAUUCAGAGGAAUGUAUUACAUUGUUGAAUUAGAGAAAUUUAUUAAAUUGCUGAUUAAUUGGAAUGUAUUACAUUGCUGAUUAAGAGAAAUGUAUUACAUUGCUGACGAAGAAAAAUUUAUUAUAUUGCUCAUUCAGAGGAAUGUAUCACAUUGUUGAAUUAGAGAAAUUUAUAACAUGGCUGAUUUAGAGAAAUGUAUUGCAUUUCUGAUUUAAGGGAGUGUAUUACAUUGCUGAUGAAGAUAAAUGGAUUAUAUUGCUGAUUUAGAGAAAUUUAUUACAUUGCUGAUUUAGGAAAUGUAUUGCAUUACUGAUUAUGAGAAAUCUAUUUUCAUCUAACAUGAUAUGAUUACAUUGUAAUAAUUUUCAAAUAAAGAAUAUUCUACUCA